AUUGAAAACCCUACUUUUAAAAUCUUUUGAGAACCCUAUUUCGCGAACCAGUCCCAACCGAACCCUAGUCUCGCUCAAAAAUCUUAUCCAAGGUCCAAUUACCUUCUCGGGUUGGUUCCCAAGCCCAAACCUCUCUCCCUCUCUCUGCAAAACCCAAGAUCUCACUCCUUCCAGCCCUGAAGCUCGGUUUCCGGGCUUCCGCUUCCAACGCCGUCGUUAGUUUCACCCUCUAAAACCUGUAUCUUUGUCUUCCAGGUGUUAGGCAUGAUGGUUGGUACCCUCGAAGAAGACCAAGUGGUGAUUCCUCAUAUUAAAGCUGAUCCAGUUUUUGGUGCUGAUUCUCAGCCCAGCAAUGAUCUAGCAGAGUCUGAAACACUGCUAGAUAGUAGUGUGGAAAAGUCUGAUUGUGUGCCGAACAAAGAUCUGUCCAAUUUGGAAACACAGCCUCACAAGGAACUUACUGCUUCUGAAACACUGGCUACUAAUGAUGAAGCAGUGGCAUUGCCCAAUCAACAUUUGGGCAACUCUGAAGAACCUGUGAUUGACCAUUCUAACAAUGGUGAGGCCUCACAUAACAGUCAGACAGUUAACUCUGGGGUGCCACCAACCAACGCCGACUCUGAAGUUUUAUUUGACUGUCAGUUGGUUAAUUCUGAAGCACGAGCAGCGCUUGAUAAGAAGGCUUCACAAUGCAGUAACCAGCAGGUGCAUACUGAGGCAUUGCUAAACCAUAAUGUGGGUAAUUCUGAAACAUAUACUAGUAAUAGUAAUGGUGAGCUUGUAUAUGAAAUACAGCACAGUGAUGAGGUGGUUAUGUCUGAAACAGUGCUAGGCCAGGAGGGGAUCAUGUCCGAGACUCGGCAAAGCAAUGACGUGAUCAUGUUUGAGACACAGUUCAACAAUGAUGCCAACAUGCCUAAAAUCCAGACAGGCAAUGAUGUGGUCAUGUUGGAAGCUCUGCCUGAAAAUGAGUUGGCUUCUGCAGCAGAUCCAAACAAUCAGCCUUCCCAUUCUGAAACUAGUCAUGAUAAUCAGUUCACGAAUCUCCAUAUGAUUCCUGAAGAUCAGCUGCCUCAACCUGAAUCGCUGCCCCACUCAGAACUGCUACCCAAUUCUGAGCCACUGGUAGAUGAUCAUCUCACAGACAUCAAAGUAUUAUAUCACAAUCAUCUGACCCAUUAUGAAACACUGCCUAACAAUCAUUCUAACCAUUCUGAGGAUUUAUCCCACCAUCAACUAUCUAACAAUGAAGUAUUCUCCCAUGAUCAGCUGAUCAAUUCCCAAAUGCUGUCUCAUUAUGAGCUGGAAAAUAGUGAAGCAAUGCACCACAAUCAGUUAGUCAAUUCUCAAGAAAACUAUGACAUAGCCAUUUCUGAUGCCAUACCCAGCUACGAGAUAAUAAGUGCCGAGACACCACUGAACAGCGAGGUUUAUAUCUCAGAAACCCAACCUACUAAGCGGAGGAAAAAAAAGUCUGUAGUCUGGGAGCACUUCACAAUAGAAACAGUAAGUCCUGGGUGUAGAAGGGCACGGUGCAAGCAAUGUGCUCAAACUUUUGCGUAUAGUACAGGUUCAAAAGUUGCUGGCACCAGCCAUCUCAAACGCCACAUUGCCAAGGGGACCUGCUCAGCUCUUUUACGCAACCAUGACCCUAAUCAAUUGGCCCCAUAUACUGUACGAAAUAGGGGAAGUGGGGCUGGAAAUGCUAGCAGUACACCUAAAAAGCGAUAUAGAUCGCCCAGUACCCCUUAUGUCGCUUUUGAUCAGGACAGAUGCCGCCAUGAAAUUGCUAGAAUGAUUAUUAUGCAUGAUUACCCUCUUCACAUGGUUGAGCAUCCGGGAUUUGUUGCAUUUGUUCAAAAUCUGCAGCCACAGUUCAACAUGGUGACCUUUAACUCUAUUCAAGGAGAUUGUGUUGCAACUUUUCUUCUUGAAAAGAAUCAUCUUUUGAAGUAUAUUGUGGGGUUACCUGGACGUGUUUGUUUGACACUGGACAUCUGGACAUCAAGUCAAUCAUUAGGUUAUGUAUUUAUCACAGGACAUUUUGUGGAUCAUGAUUGGAAGUUGCAAAGGCGAAUUCUCAAUGUUGUAUUGGAACCAUAUCCUUAUUCAGAUUCGGCACUUACCCAUGCUGUUGCUGUUUGCCUUUCUGAGUGGGAUUUGGAGGGUAGGCUAUUUUCUGUCACUUGUAAUCAGGCUCUGAGUAAUGUUGCCCUUGAAAAUCUCAGACCAUUACUCUCUGUGAAGAAUCCACACAUCCUCAAUGGUCAGUUACUAGUUGGUAAUUGCAUUGCUCAGACUUUAAGUAGUGUUGCAAAUGACUUGUUGGGUUCGGCUCAAGACUUGAUCAGUAAAAUCCGUGAUAGUGUUAAGUAUGUGAAGACCUCCGAGUCACACGAGGAAAAAUUCUUGGAGCUGAAACAGCAUCUUCAGGUUCCUAGCGAAAGGAGCCUUUUUAUUGAUGACCAAAUUCAUUGGAAUACAUCAUAUCAAAUGCUUGUGGCAGCUUCUGAGCUAAAGGAAGUAUUUUCUUGUUUGGACACUUCUGAUCCCGACUACAAGGGAGCGCCAUCAAUGCAGGACUGGAAGCUGGUUGAAACCCUCUGUAGCUACCUGAAGCCCCUUUUUGAUGCAGCAAACAUUCUUACUGCAACAACUCAUCCCACUGUUAUCACCCUUUUUCAAGAAGUUUGGAAAUUGCAAUUAGACGCAGCUCGUGCAGUUACGAGUGAAGAUCCCUUCAUUAGCAGCCUUAAUAAAAUUAUGCAUGAAAAGAUUGAUAUUUACUGGAGAGAGUGUAGUCUGGUUUUGGCGCUUGCAGUAGUUUUGGAUCCCCGUUUUAAGAUGAAGCUUGUUGAGUUCAGUUUCACAAAAAUUUAUGGCGAUGAUGCUCAUUUAUAUAUCAAGACUGUGGAAGAUGGAAUUCAUGAGAUGUUUCAUGAGUAUGUAGCCCUUCCAUUGCCACUAACACCUGCUUAUGCUGAAGUUGGAAGUUCGGGAAACCGUAGUAGGAUGGAGGAAUACCCAGGAGAUGCUGUGUUGUCUGAUAAUGGUCUAACAGAUUUCGAUGCGUACAUCAUGGAAACUACUAGCCAACAGACGAAGUCUGAGCUAGAUCAGUACCUUGAAGAAUCAUUGUUACCGCGUGUUCCAGACUUUGAUGUAUUAGGUUGGUGGAAGCUAAACAAACUCAAGUACCCUACUCUUUCCAAGAUGGCCCGGGAUAUAUUAUCUGUUCCGGUUUGUACUGUUGCUCCCGAUUCUGUGUUUUAUUCAAAAAGCAAAGAGAUGGAUCAUUAUCGGAGUUCCUUGAGGCCAGAGACAGUAGAGGCAAUUGUAUGUUCUAAGGACUGGAUGCAGUAUGGAACAGCUGAAGCUUCUAAUGCGCUUGUGAAAAUGGUAUUCUAGUAUUCUAGAGUUUUUUAGGUUAUACCCCGUACUAUAUGUAGUAUCUGGUGACAUUUUUAUCAGAGUUCAUAAUUCUACAUUGUUAAAUGUUAAUUUGGAUAAUUGGAUGCAAAUACGCAGUUUCUAGCAUAGCUUCAGUUUUAGACUAUAACUCUAGUGACUGCCCAUUUGGUUAAUACAUGUAUCUAUAAUUUUAGUCUCUUAAGUUGUAGUAAUAAUUUCUUCCUUCGUA